AUGCAUCCUUUUGUAGCCCUAGCUUCCAUUGCACUCCUUGGAUCCGGCAUCUUCGCCCAGGAUGAGGCAACGAACACCACCCUCUCCGAAGAAGCCAUCGAAAGUGCUCCGAUCAUCUCAGUGUCCAACGUCACCACGGGCAUAGUCGUGGUUGAUGAAUCGGGCGGCAAUUCCAGUGCUGCUCUCCUUGCCAGGGACCUUAAUGCCCUUCUCCGCCGCAUUGAAUGCCCGGGCGGCGCUUUCGCUACUCCGGUCAUCGCCUCCCCGAAUGUGCAAGCGCUCGCACAGCGGGUCUGCGAUAUUUUUUUCCCACCCAACACCGUGUCCUUCGUCCCCCUGCCUCUUCCGGGUGGCCCCAUCAAGGUGCAAGCUCAGCUGCCAGGAAAUCUGAAGGUCGACUUUCAAUACGAAACCAGGUCCUGCCAGAACGCCACGAACGUGUUUACGCCCGUUAGAAACACCGACUGCAGCGACAGAUUUAACGCGAUCAUUGCGUUUGCAGCGAGCUCCGCUAACUUGAACUGUCCUGGGGGCGGGUUUGUCCAUGCUGGCACAGACUGUGAUGAGGCCACUCGCCCGAUUUGUUUCACCUUCACUCUUGUCGAAACUGCCAUCAAGUGCGGCACAGCGGUAAUCGAAGUCUACAACUCGGUCGACGGCCUCCCAAACGCCCACAAGACAGUCGAACGUGAGGCGGAUGGCAUCGCAGACGUGGUCGGUCACCUGAGAGAUCACCAAGCUCAGCUUCAAUCUCCUGGUUUCGACUCCGAGAUCCGCAACUUAACCUCGCGCAUUGUUGGACAAUGCGACGAGCUACGACGCAUCUUAGACGAGUGUCGGCCGAGGAAGCGAGGGAAUGUCUUCUCGGCUGGCCGGGCGACGUUAAAAUCUCUGGACGAGUUCGAUGAUAGCGGCGUCAACGAGAGUCAUGGGCAGCUGGUCGACAAGCUGCUGCAGUGGACGGAAAACUCGAAUGGCAACGUCAAACUAUGUGUUUCUAGCAGGGUCCAGGAACCAUUUGUAGGAAGGUUUGAUAGCAACCAAAGGAUCGCCCUCCACCGAUUGACGGAGCGAGACAUUGAGCGAUUUAUCAGGGACAGGCUUGAAGAGCAUAGAGCUUUCAGGAAGCGGAAGGAGCAAGGGGAUAGCGAAGGCGAGGGGCUCGUGCAGGACAUCCUACGGGCUGCCGAGGGUGUUUUCCUUUGGGUUGCUCUAGUUCUGAAGUCUCUAGAGCGCGGUCUAAAUGCGUUGAUUCCCAUCCCGCAUCUUCGGGCACAGGUGGCCAGAACGCCUUCGGACUUACAAGCUCUCUUGACUCAAAUCCUCGACAGUAUCGAUGACGGAUACCGAGGAAGUGUCGACAUACUCCUAGCGACCAUCUUACGGUCGUACGGGAUUCUUCUCUCCCCGGAAGGCCGAGAUCCGGGCCACGCGGCCUUCGACACCUUCUGGUCUGACAACGUGGAUAGCGCCGGUCCGAGAAAUGAAGAGUUUUAUUUGAUGCCAUUUGGUUGUUUCUCCAUACUGGCUGCAGGGGAUGCGAGAAAACAGAUCAGUGCACAGCUGGGUAUAGCGGACUUGGAAUUUCACAAAUGGUUUCCGGAUAUUAAUAUGUCCGACGAUGAGGUGCCGAAAACUAUUGAAAUCGCUGUCCUGUCCCGAUGUAACGGGCUAAUUGAAGUUACGGACGAAUCGGCCGUCAAGUUCAUACACAGAUCCAUUCCAGAAGUUCUUGAAGAAUAUCUGAAGCGCCAGGCGGCUCCACCCCGUCAAUUAGACGAUCAUCAGAUCACUCUGGCCAUGGCAUGGGCGUACCGAAUGGACGUACAGUGGGAGGCGGCAAUGAACUCCACGCCAGCGCAAUCGUCGCCAUUGAUCAGCCGUAUUCUUUCCGUCGUCAAUGGUGUGAGCGGAAUCGACAAUGGUGCCAAUGGAGUCCACAAUGGCUUCAAUGAGCUUGAGCACGACGAACUCCACUUCAUCUCAUUCUCCGAUGCAAGCUCGUUUCUUCGCGGGUUUCUUCACAGACUAAGGCAGAUGAGGUUUGAGGACAGAAGUGAAGAGAUCUUUCGCAUCCUGCUUUCCAUCGACCAAACCCAGUAUGAAACGUGUGGCUUUGGCCGUAUUGGAAUCCAAGGAGACCCCACUCGAGAGCAACCGUUGUGUCUGCUAGACCUCAGCGUCUUUGUCGGUUAUGAGGAAUUUAUCGACUGGGCCUUCCGAGGUAGGAGAGUCUCCGACCUCGAAACCCGUCUUUUUCUCAUCAUGUCCAGGGCCAUUAAACGCGAAACGGAACCAAAUGCGUGCCUUGAUGUCAUGAAAAAAAUCUUCCGCCACGGCUUCCCUGGAAGUGCAGUAUUCCCUGAGGGUGUUCACUUUGCCGGUAAGCCGUUGUGGCAUGCAGUUCUCAUGAAGACCCUCCGAUCUGCGGAACCCAGAGCUUCGUCGAAGGUCCUGGAGCUUUGGAUGAGAAACGGAGCGGACCCGCGAGUUAGAUUCCAACUGCGAAAGGGCCUACACAUGAUCUUAAUGCAAGGAAUUAUGAAUUCAAUGACAGUUGCUCCCGCGGUGGCAUACUUACGAGGACUCAAAGAGGGAUCCAUCGCGGAUGAAGACCUGCCACAAGGCAUGUCACUUGGGACCUUUUUCACAUUAUGGAAGUUUCCAAACAGCCGCGCACUGCUGGAUUUGAUCGAUAGUGUAAUCGAAACAGAUGGUUCGAAGAAGAUUGACAUGAUGCCCGAAGGGCCGACAGACGAGAAGAAAGCCGAAAGCGAGUUUGGACCAGCGCAAAAUUCGGGAGAUAUCUCGCAGCAACCGCUGGAACUCGCGGCCCUGCUGCUGGCGAACCCAGUGGUCAUGGAUGUGCCUUCAUCUACUCGUCGCUUGCGCUGCUGGUUGUUUAUGGUUGGAAUUUUCAGAGGAGUUUAA